AUGUGGUACUGAACAGUACUACUCACCUUCAUUUUGAAAAUCAAAUGUCAACUACUGUGUAUGUCCUAUCUAUGAUAGUGCGGUGGGUUUGUGUCUGUAUGUAUAAGUGCGUGUUUGCCUUUGUUAUUUCUAUGUAAGUUAUGAACUGUGUAAUUUAAUUUGCAUUUUUGAACCGAUGUGCCAGAUGCCAUGAAAGAGACUGUGUCAAUACUGUGCAAACACCUCUAUAUUUUGUCAUAUCUAAUGCAAAUGUGUUUUUUAAGUGUUUGAGUCUGUAAAGUGGGAUUUAAUCGUAGGGUUUGGACAACGCUGACAUGUUGCAUACUUGCUGUCAGUUCUGUCAGUUGGAUGAUAUGCUUACCUGUUUCUAUAGUAGUUACAAAAACCACUAUCAUUUGUAUUUGUCUGUGUGCCAUGAUGGUUUUUACACAGGAGCAUGGAGCAUAGUCAUGGAUCACACAGCAAGAGGACUGAAAGACUACUGAAAACUCACCCUGGGAUAGACUUUUCAAAUGGGUCACCAGUGCCCCAUAUCUAAUAACUACUGCCUCGAAGCAGGAGAAGCUUACACUGGGUUUAGCAGCUAAAAAGUGUAAAAGAAAUAAGUAAAUAAAUAUCUGAUGCCUUUGAAUUGAUUGUUAUGACUGACAUUUAUGACAAGGUGCAAAUCCUUCAAGGCUGAAGCCAUAUUUUCUUGUGUGCAGCAUUAGGAUAAGCCCAUGUUUCAACGUAGGUCUGAUGAAGACCUGUCCUUUACCCGCAUCCUGUCCUCACAUUAGCCUCUCUCACUGUUAGGAGGAUAAUACUCAAUAAACAGCAGGAUCCACGUCAUAUCUUGUUUUAAUUUGAUACCUAUUUUUGCAGCCGUAAGGAAUAGUGCUGAUUGAUGAGGACCAAAGACAAAGACGUCAGAUUUUUCAAAGCCAUCAGUGUUACACAUUUACCAGACACUUUAUUAGGUACACCUUGCAACAACACAUAUGUACAUUAUCCUCUUUGGUGAAAUUAGUGAGAGUUUCACAAUACUUAUUCUGUAGUCUUAAAAACCUGUCUGCUCUCUCACUUGGUUCUUGCUCCUCUCUCCUCUCCUUUCCUUUCCAGCCUGCUCUUGUCCUUCUCUUCCUCGCUAUUCUCCAAUGUCUCUUUUUGUGCUGUCAACCAGAAGGCAAACAUAUGAUCCAAUCACUAAAUUCAUUUGCUAAAAGGUGGUUGCUAUAAAGAUCUGACCAGAAUUACAAAAAUUUACAUUAAACACGUUAAAAUAAAUCUGCUUAAGGGAGGAUGAUGUGUGACAUUGUUGUGUCUCAUACUUUUUUUUUAUAUAUAGGGAAGAGUGGGGUAAGAUGAGCCAUUUUUCAUACAGUAUGUCGAAUCACAUCAAGACAAUCAUAGUUUUGUCUCUAACUAGUGUAUCUGCGUAUAUUUCAAGAUGUUGUGCGUCUCUGAAAACCAACAGAAUAAGUGUAAACAUAGCUGUCUUGAUAAUAUAGCAUGCAAAAAAAGGUGGUCUCCUAUGGUCAACUUGGUAACUUGACCAUAGGAGCGGGGUUAGUUGAGCCGUAUCCCUACUACCCCCCACCCCCCCACUCUCCACCCCAGCCCUUCCUCACCUUCUCUCUCUCUAAAUAACAGUCACUUCUUCACGUUUAUGUGUAAUUCUAUCUAUUAUACACCAUUCAACUGGUACAGUAACUCUUUUUGUUAUUACUGCAUAUAACUGCUUAAAAGCUGUUUUGUAAAAAGAAAAAGUAAGACAUUUCAACAAUUCAAACAAUGGUGGACUUUUAUGCUAGGUUGUUGACCUCAUGUUGGAGCUCAUAGAUACCACAAUCGAUGUAUAAAACAAAUUUAAAAUGGUAUUUUUUUGUAUGAGCACAAUUCUUAUAACAAUUAUGACAGACUAAAUUCACUUUCAAGAGUGAAAAAUUUUGUUUUGGAAAUAAAUGUCCAACCCCUUCACCCAUGUGCUUCUAACCUUCACAGACUCCAUGAAUUGGUGCCCAUCUCCGAAAUAUUUGGUCACAUGAUCAAUUUUUUUUACCAUUUCCAAGUAACGGGGUGGCUGAACUUACCCUUUGGCUCUACUUACCCCACUCUCCCCUACUAGUAUUUUUACACUUACACUUUUGUGGGUAAUACAACAUGUGUAUCAGAAGCCCUUAAUAUGGACCAUUAAUAUGUGGAUAAAAAAAAAUACAGGAAUUGCAUGUUGUAUAUAUUAUAACAACCUUGUCCCCAACCAAAUGUAGGAGAAUGAGCUGAAAAUCUAUGAAGGUCCUACGGGACUGCACAGUGUUCGCUGGACCGGUGGGGCCCCCGGUGGCCGGCAGCGGUACUGCACAGACAGCUGGUCUCUCGCUGCGUUGAAUCAGUUCGCCGGAGCACUGCCGACUGGAGGGAUGUGACCCCGGAACAGGACGCCCUCCUACAACAACACACCAUUCAAACAGAGAACAGAAGAAAGAAAAGCUGGACCAGGAGGGGUAAGCCUUUGUGUCUUGUCUUCCUUGCGAGGCGCACAUUGUCAGAGUUAUUUUUGACCGAUACGUGUGUUUGAAUCCCGGCGUGUACACUCCAGGCAGAGCAGCGGUACCUGGAUGGUGUUUGCACCCAUAGGAACUUCAUUCAGGCUUUUGUCUCGGGCUUGCUAGCGAGCUAGCUUGGCUGGUUAGCACUGGCUGCUUUGCCAAUGGUAGCGCGUGGAGACGAAAUUAAAUGUUUGUCCCGAAAUAAUAAAAGACUCGUAAGUAAAUGGAGUGGUAUGCAUACGUUGUCCCACGAAGGACACAGCUCGGGAUUUAUAUCGAAAAUACGUUGAAUGUUUGCUAGCAAGAACGUUGAUGCCGUUUGAACGGACUGCGUCCCGUAACAUGACAAGAACGGUUCAGUCAUGUGUCCAUAUCUUGAAAAACUAAGUGUUAUCCCGUUUGCUUUGCUUGUGUGGUGUUUUAUCUUCUAGAAAGUAUCGAAAUUAAGGGAAGUAAAAACUAUAAAUCUCUGCUAAUGUAGGUACACGUUAAUGCAGACCCUCGUUAGAGCUAGUUUGAUUGGUAGCGUUACCAACCUUUACUGUGUAAACAGUACUGUACUUAAUGUGUCUUCUACAACGUUACCACAAUAGCCUUUUGUUUCCUUUGUAACUAAAUAGAAUAAAUAUAAGGAGGAACGCCUUUUUGGAAAUGCAAAUUACUCAACAAUUGAUUCCACUUGCCAGACACCUAUCAGUCUAGCCUGGCCGGGCCAUCCUGUUGCGUGAAUCACUUGCUGUGUCAAACGAGUAUUCAUUCUCAAGUUGCCUUUUCACUUAACUUCUUCAUUGGUUUACUAUUUAUGGAUCAUGCCACCCCUUGAUGCAUUGUGCCACCCCUGCCUUUUACAGUGUCUGCUUUCCUCCCACAUGUCACAAAAGCUGACAGCCCUUUGAGUGGUGAAGUUGGCACCCUGCCGUCAGCGGGGCACCCAUGAUUGCUGUAGACAGUGGGUAUCAAGGCUUGGCCACAGGCGAGUGCUCUGAAUCCUCCUGGCAGCAAGCAGAGUUGGUCAUGAAGCACAGUAUGUCAGGCCUGUCUUAGCUUGCACAUUCCCUUUGCUGGCUUGAUUUUGGAAAGAAAUAUGGACCCCUGGCCUUACCUCCCUCCGUUCCCUGCCUCCUCACACUGAAGGCAGGUGCUCUUCAGGGGUUGCUCAACCCCCAUGAGCCCCAAGAGGAUCUCAUCAGCUGCCUGUGAGUGGUUUGGGAAUGAGGGCUGUAUUUUAUCAGAGUUAAAGAACGAAACUUGAAAGCACAGCCGUCUUUUCUGUUCCUGGUUCUUUGUCUGUUUUUGCAUGGUCUCCUACACAUUUAUAUUGCAUUGUUCUUUGCGCAUGGAUCAUAUAACUCUCAGAAUUAUACGCUCUGCCUUGACGUUGUUGCUUUUGAAAUCUUGCAGCCGUACCCCCAAGGGACCAGCUUAAGGCAGCAGCUUCUGUUUCAAUUCUUUUGAGGGUCCCUAUGGAGUGAGCUAAGAUGUUCAAGAGAAAUCAUAGACCUGGUGUAAUUAUCUUUUUAAGGCAAAGUCUAAGAAAACCUUGGGUGUAAUGUGUUAUAUUAGGCUGCACUCAAAUAACUGUUCUCAAUAUGGUAUUGUAAUAUGACUAAAAUAUUUUAAGUGUAACCUCUUCAGGAAUAAAUGAAUGAUAAAGCUGACCAUCCUACUAUCAACCCUAAUGUGUCACAUUUAAGAACACCUAGAAACCCAGUUAUGAACUAAGCCUGUACAGUUGAGCAGGACUGCUUGAGUUCAUGCCUCACGUGGUGCCAACAAGACAUGACCUACUUAUCAAUCAUUUUUUCACAAUCCAGUUCAUCACCAUUGUCCCCAAAUACUGUAGCCAUUGUUGUGGGCACUGUACAUGUGAGGAGAUGGCUUCACACAAAAGCAGCGUGCAGACAUCCAGUAAGUCCAAGCCAGAGCCUUUCUGGCCUGUGGUGUCUGCUCGUCUGGCUCACGCUGUUUCAGGACCCCAUGCUGUCCCUGACCCGCAGAGAGUCAGUCUGCUGGGUGCAUGGGCGGUCAAGUAGUUUUCAUGUUGUUUCCAGCUGGUGCAGAUGAAAAGAACCUCGGUUUUGUUUGGUGAUCCAAAUGACACCACUUUUAGAAUUAUCAUACAGCUGUUGUUCAGUCUCUUGAAGCUUUGGUUAAUUAACAGACAGAAAAAAAACAAUCAGCAGUUUUGGUUAUUUGUAAAAUAUCAAAAUGUCUUUCAAUUGCCAGAUGAAGCUUCACAAAUGUGAUAAGUAGCUGCUGUUUUGUUCAUAUUAAAUGUGUCUUUACAUCUGGACUAUUGGUGGAACUAAACAGCUAGUGGUGCAUUUUGAUUAAUUUGAUUAAUACCGAUCAAUUUCAGAGAGGAGAUAAAACUGCCAAUAUAUUUUUUUCCCUUUUUCAGCUGAAAUGAAAUAGUUGGUUUAGCAUCCAAGCUACACAAAGUUUUACAGGAAGUUGCACCCCCUAACAGUAAGUAAAAAACAUGAAAUUUCAUGUUGUUAACCAGUUUCCUUGUCAGAGAUCCUUAAAAACAAAGCUUAAACCAACAAAAUAUUGCAUUCAGCAAGAAGUGCAGAAUAAGUCAUUCUAAAACCAAAGUACAGUUUUUCUGCUUGUUGUAUUUAACAACAGGUCAUUUUUAAAAGAUCAAUUUAAAACAUGUACUUUUCUGUAGUUACUGCUUGUCAUUACAACAUGUUUAGACAAAGGCUUUGCAAAUGAGAUGGGUGUACAAGAAAAAAAGGGAAAGGAUGAAUAGUGUCUGUAUUUAUCCAGUGAAAGUAAAUAAUCGAGACAGCAUUUAAUUUUCUAAAGAUGGGGCAAACCGCACUGUGAUGGAAAGAGUAGAGAAGAUUAUGUCGAAGAUUUAUCUGUGGUCAGCUCCCCAAUAUAUCAGCCAGGCCUUAAUGCCCAGCCCUCAGUAGAGGAGAGAGAGCAUGUGUGCGUGAGCGCGUGUACCUGCAAUGACACAGCUGCUCUUGAGAACCAGGCCAGGUUGUUGGCAGCUCAUCCGGCAGCCACACCAGGCUUCUAGUCUACUUACGUUUCUCACACAUUUGCUUGAGAUGCUCAUGAUCUCGUGAUUGAAUUCAAGUUAUUUUCCUUCUCAGUUUUCAGGGUCUUGGAGAGUUCUCACUGUUAGUGUAGUCAAUUUAAAACUGAACCUGACUCAGUUUCUCAUUCCACCCUGAAGGCUUGUUUUCCUCUUGGCAAAAGGAAUUUGUUGUCAGAAACAAUUAGACAUUGUGCAUCAUGCAAGCAGCUGAUACUAAACCCAGUAACAAGCUUGACAAGUGGACCGAGCCAUGUGUGACUGGACCAGUGCACUGUGGCAGCCUCUGCCCUUCAUGACCCUCAGCAAAUGUGAGGGCCUAUCACAUUGCAUACUGUAAUCUCUGGCAGCAGAUCCGGCUCCACUGUUAGGCCCAAUCACAGUGUCGAAAAGGUCUGAGAAUUCUUCUGUUUUUUGUUUCUUGGAAACUCAAAUGGACGCUGACACACAAUUCUACUCAUGAAGUCUGGAAUGCUCUCGAGGCCAUGUAAUGAAUGGAUUUGUUUCUAUUAAUAGCGUUUUCACUCAAUGUGUCAUUUGCAGUUGCAGUAUGAAAGUUUACCGCACUAGUAGUUCACGGUGAAGUCACUAAACCAAACUAGUCUCUAUCUUUAGCUUCUACAUAAAAAUGCUAAAUCUGUAGAAACACACCAGAUUUUGGCAUCAUUAGUCUUCUGUUUGUAGUAAAGCAGUAUUGUCCACUCCACAUGGGUUUCAGUGGGCUUCGCCUCUACACAGGAAAGCAGCCUAUGUGGAGUUAUUCAGGGUGCGAUGCAAUCCAGUGUAAUAGAAUCCAAAAAACUAUCAGCAUUUAUCUUAUUUAACUCAGAUGUAGUUUCUUAACACCAGUCCCACGCUGCCAACUGCUGACCACACUGGAAGCACCUUAAAGUUUCAUGUGGCUUACACAACUUUUAUGGGCAUUAGAUAGUAGCUGAAUGGUCCCAUUACUGAGGUGUAACCAGGGGACACCCAUGAAAGUAAUGUGUCAACAACAGCUAUUUGCAUCUUUCAAGUUUGAUAGAAUACAAUGCAGUGGUAUAGUAUAUAAUUCCACUGGUAAAUAAACCAGUGGAAAAUAAUAUCUUUUAAAUAACAAAAUUAAUAAUGUGAUAUUAAUCCAAGUGUAAACAGGAUUACAUCAGAAAGAGCAAAUAGUGAAUCCCUGCUGUGUGUUAGGAAUUCAAGAAUUUGAUGCUAACUUGUGACACGGUCAGUGAGGGCACUGGUUUCACCAGGUAGUUAUGUUGUGCACCCUUUGUACAAAGGCCCUAGUCCUCAAGAGGGCAGCCCAGGUACAGUUCCAAUCUGUCCUACUUGUUAUUCCCUACUCUGUCCUGGUUUCCAACUCGAACCAUUGUCCUUUCCCCUCCAAAUAAAGGAACAAGGCCCUAAACUAUAACUGAAAAGAGAAAAAAAGACAACUCUUCCACAAAUAACUAAUUGCAGAACCUUCAUCUUUUUUACACUAUGAAACUAUGAAAUUGUGGCUGGUCAGCGUUUUUUUUUUUUUUUUUUUUAAGCUACAAAUCAAUCAUUUGUGUAUCAAUAUUUAAACAUGCUGUGAUUUUUAUUCAAGCAUUAUUAUUUAUCAAACUAUUCAAAUCGGUACACAUUAAAUAUUUGACUAACUACUAAGUUCAUCUUUUGUUUCCAAGUGCUACGUUUUGAUUCCUGUAGUUCAGUAUCAGUAAUGUUGUUGUUUAGCUGGGCUGCCUAGAGGGACUCACAGAGCCUGAUGUCUCAGCUCACCCCGACAUCACAACGCUGUCAAGAGCCCAAUGCUGGUAGAGAGGGGGGAUUAAGCCUAGAUCAGCACUAAAGAAAGCCUUUGAUUACGUCUGGAAUAUUAGCCGCAUGCGUCUGAGGCUGGCUGAGCAUCCCUCAGGGGAUUAGUGUUGAGCCAGCCCACCUCUGCAACCUUACAUCAGGCACACAAUAAGGAGUCGAACAGGAUCCUUAUUGUGCUCCUUGGAAUCAUGGAAGAAAUGUUAAACAGCAAAGAGUGCACAUUAGAAUAAUGCUAGAAAGACAAAAGACUUUGAUCAGGUUUAGAAGUUGCACAACUGAAAACUUUCCUCUGCAUUCUGACAUAUCGUGUAUGUUUGCAAUGACUGAAAAGUAUAAAUCGAUUAUUUUACUUUCUUUUAAGCAGACACUUGUGAAUGGAUAUAUUUAUAUGUGAUCAUACAAAUUCACAAAAUGCAGCUUAAUAAAUCUGUGAAGUGGCUGUCAGGUAGGCUUGGUUGCUGAAAUGGAAGACUUGUGAUUUAGACAUCAUCAGUCUCUAUAAAUAGAAAUAUUUUUAUUUACAGCUGAAUCAACACAGAGAGAAGAAAUACUAAUAGGUAAAUGACACAAAAAUCGUGUUAGUCUCUUUAUUUUACUGGUCAGUGAUGCAUUUUGUCUGAUAAAGAGGUGAAUUUUUAGGGAAGCUUUUGUGGAUUCGAGAGGAACAAAUUUGUCGAUACAGACGGGAAGAAACUUCAAACUUAAGCACAACUGCAUUGGCUUCGCAAGUUGCUGCUUGGAUAACAACCAACUCUUGCCUUGGCAAUUUUUACAGUGACAGCAAGAUUGAAAGUUUGAGACUAUUUCUUGGACUAAAUUAAACACCAUCUGGGGCUAUGGAGAAGUGGUUUGCUUGUGCUUGUGUUUAAUUUGUGGGCAUUUUAUUUUUUGCUAUUAUUAUACAAAUCACCAAAAAUCUAAAAUUUUUGUUUAUAGGGUUAUUUGUAGCAGUCAUGCUGUCAUAUAUCUCAAUAUAAAUACCCCUAAUGAUACAUCUGACUGACAUAUGUGGUUUUUGGAUUUUACCUUGGCCCAGCGUGCUCCCCAAUUUGUAAUCCAGCAGGGAUACACAGAGAGCCAUUAUUUCGAGGUUAAGUCUUUGGCAGUGAUGGCCUGUAAGCCAGGCAUCCUGAGUACCAUCUGGGGCAUUGUUGGAAUUACAAUCAUGGCUGGAGACAGUUUGUACAGCAGGAUUGCAUGGAUAAAACCUCACAUUACAUAAUCGAAUGCACAUUGUUAAUCACUCUUGCAUACAUGUUGUCAUCCAGCUCAUUAAGUACCAGAUUAGUUAUGAUUCAAGUUCUGUGCCAUCUCUGCUUCCAAGACUAGUUGUCUACAAAUUACUCUGUGAAACAAUGAGUAAAAAUUCAAAUUACAAAGAAAUUAAUGUUUUUAAGUAACAGCAUCAUUGAGAACUGUCAUUUACAAUUACACAUAUUUAUUUCCCAAUUCAAUUCUCCAUAUAGGAUUCAAAACCUCAUUUCUCUUCCAACAGCAGCUUUCUCACCAGUGUGGCUUCAGUUAAAAAGAUGAAUUCUUUCAUUUAUAUUUUAGGUGAAAAAUAUAUUUUUUUUACUUGUUGGUGAAAAUCCAAUUUGGAGCCUUCAGAAAAUUCAGCAGUCUGGGCAGAGAUGGUCCUAAAUAUGGCCAGUUUUCAAACUUCAAAAGCAGACAUCAGAGAACCAGAAAUGCCUCAGUCAUGAAAGCAAUAGGCCUAUUUAUACCGAUGAUGAAGGUGGAAUAUAUUCGCCUUUUGUGCUGUUGCAGACCUGAAAAUGAUCAAGUUGUUGAGUCCUAAAAUAAGCCUGAAUAUCAAUGGAUUUUUGUUGUUGUAUCAUCCUGGUGUUUUGUGAAUCUUAAGACAUGACGGUACGUGUCAGCAAUCAGAGUGAACCUGCUCGUUUCCUUCGUCCUCUCUUUUCUCCUCAUCCCCUAUGACAGUUUAUUCCAGCUGAGCUUCUGAUCAGUGCUCCUGAAUUUGAUCAUUAUUUAUUCUCUCUGUUAAAGCACUGGUAGGUCUUCUGCCCAGAGUCUUGGCUCCUCCGUUUGUCUGAAGUGUGGCGCUUGGGGAUGUGAUCAAAUGUGUCACUGCUGCUGAUAUAAAGACACUGCCAGUCCCUACCCCCUCCACCAACAUCCUCAACCCCCACUCAAAUAUAUUCACACGCUGCCAUUACCACCACCACCCUGAAGGUGUGCUGAGCAACUGAAUCCUGCGAGCUCUCCAUCGUUUCAUGUCUGUGUCGCUUUGAGUCUUCAGUGGUUCUCCAAUUAGACUGUGCCUGGCGCUGAGCUGGAAGUGAAUAUCUAAUGUGUUCAUCUGCUUCUUGUUCAACAUCUUGCUAAAGAAAAAAAAACGGACAGAAAGACGAAGUCAGGUGCAAUUUGCUUACAGUAAACAGCCGACAAAGGUUGCUUUCAUUUUAAGGACAACAGCCAGAACCAUGGUCUCCAGCUGCUCUGAUCUGGACGAAUCCACACGCUCACAGUGGUACCCAAACGCUAGCCAAUGGCCAAUGGUACCCUAUUCAUUCCCCCGCCCUCGGCUCUGGAAAGAGGGGAUGGCAGGCCAGCUCCUCAAUUAAAUAUAACCCCACAUCAAACAGCCUGUCAACAUGCAUUAGUGGCCCUUUGUAUAGAUAAGAGGCCAAAAUAAAUUGCCAGAACUAUCAUAGUUGCUGUGGCCCCCGUGGGCUUUUUAUGCAAGAUUCUUCGUGGAGGACAAAUCCUGACUUGCAUACUGAUAUCCUCUCUUUUAACUCUCAUUCUUGAUUUAUAUUUAUCAUUAGAUUUAUUCUUUAAAAGAAUAAUUUAGCUCUUGUCUGUAAAUUAUUCCCUCCAAAUGUUUUUCCUUUUCAAUUAGCAAAUGUAUGCAGGAUAUCAAGCCACGCUGUGCGCCUCAUAGUGUUGGUGGGUUAUAGCAGAGAUCUAAUGCGACAAGAGCCGACCUUGAUGUGUGUGCACGCAAUCAAAGUGGAACCUAUCCCUUUUCUGUCAUCCGCAUAAGCUUUGGCAGCUCCUUUUUAUCGCCUUCUUUUCCCUCCCCCUUCUCCCCCCCUCCUGCCUAUAUUUUGCAUCUCUGCAGACUGACAGUGAAAAUAGGUCAUUAGUUAGACAGAGAAUAAGAGAUGGAAGGAGCAUGCAGAGGCAAGAUUUGUGUGAGAACUAUCAUGAAAUAUUAAUGACAUCCAUUCAAGCUGUGAAAUGCCAACCCGCACUGAAUACACCGAGACCCCCUGACUUCUAAUGUCACAACUGUUUGCAUUAUAUGAAAUUAAUUAUCCGAGCUUACCCUACCAUCUAAAGUUUAAAUGAUUAUAAUUCAACGGGGUUUUAGUGCUCAACCAUCAUGCAAGAAGCAAGUUUUGAAUCGUUUUUAACCCCUAAUAACACUCAUGGUUUGUGUAGCUGUGUGUUUUCAAAGUUCUUGUGUAACAUGUAUUUGUUUUUGUGCACAGAGCCACAGGAGCAGGGGGUAUGAACCGCGAGGAGGCCCCGGGGAAGUCUCCUGAAGACAUGUACAUCCAACAGAAAGUGCGGGUUCUGCUCAUGCUAAAGAAAAUGGGAUCAAAUGUAAGUAAAGGGUUUUGAUAAAUCUGCACCUUAUUACACCUUGCCUACUUGGUUCUCAAGACUGAAAACCAUCUUUACUAUGUCAAAAUGUUGACAUUAGAAAAGCUCUUUUUAUGGCAGAAGUAACAUUUAAAACCUGCAAAGAAAGUACACACAAAAGAUGUUCCCACAGCAAACACUUUCAUGCCAAUGUGCUUAAAAUAGACUGAGCAUGAAUUAAUAGCAUCUCCACAAAAUGUGCUCAUCUCACAAAAUGACAAGAAUCCAGGUAGUGAAGUGUUUUCUUAAUGUCUCCUGACGGUGUGGGGGAGUUGAGCAGAGAUGAGCUCAUUUAAGGCCUCUAGAGAGCUGAAAACCUCAGUGUAAUCAAAAGGUGUAGAAGCUCACAGAAGCAAGUGUCUUGUGGCUUUCUGCAAACUAUGUGAAAAUGUUAAACACCUCGUACUGUCAUAUCUAAACAAGGGAAGAGGAAAGUCUGCCUUACAAUGAGAACCUUGCCAGAGGACACUGUUGCCUAACCUACCUAAUCAUUUGAUCCUAAAUGUAUCUGAAGUUGUAAAUCCUUAGUUUUGUUGAAAUCAGAGUGUCAUGCGCUGUGGACACUUUAGCAGGUGUCACAUGACUAAUUACAAACAACAGUAUUACUAUUUAAAAUGACCCUGAAUUUUGUUAGUUUACAUAUCUAUAAAUGAUUUUUAACCUUCCAUAAUCAUCUGCUAAUACAACACAAUCAACUAGGUAGAGCCCAAUCAGUCAAUGUUCAUAUGAGAUGACACGAUUAGAUGUUUUAGAAUUUUAUAAGUUUGCUAACAUAUCUUCCACUCCAACAAACAAGUGCCUCCUAAGGCUACAAACCACAAAUUUGAAACACUCAACGCCAAGAGACAGCAUUAAAGGAUGCUCUACUGACACACUGUGACUCAUGGUACCUGUAACACUGUGGCAGUAACACUUUCUCCAUCCCAUCAGAGUAUUUUUAAAGGUUUUAAAAACUCCCCUUACAGAAGACAUGAAAGAAAGAGAGAGAAAUACACAUGACAUAUUGUAUACUCAACAUUUAAUUGGUACUCUGUUGUCAAAGCAUCCUUAACUCACUCAUUCUUAUUUCAAACUCUUUUCAUGUUUAUUAUUUGUUUUUCCUAAUUUUGACUCUCAAUUUGUUGACUUCUCUUCAGCUUACACCAAGUGAAGAAGCUUUUCUCCGGAAUUACGCAGGUGUGGUUCACAGUCAGAUGAGCCAGCUACCACAGCACAACAUAGACCAGGGUAAGCUUCGAGACACACACACACACACACACACACACACACACAAGCUCAUUCACACAUGGUAAAAGUGUCAUGUUCAAGUCAGCCUUUUUAUAGACAGACGUGUCCUUUCUUUUUUUUCUCUUGUCCACCACACAGAGGUGUUGAAUGACUUUACCUUCAUUUGUCUUUCUAAGGUGUAGAGACAGAGGAUAAAUGCAGAUAGAUAAACCACAUAUUCAGUUCAUAAACACCCCCUUCACAUGUCAAAAAAUGUAGACUUUGCUAGAACAUAGGCAAGGGGAAAUCCCUCUACAUCGCCCUCUCAUAACCACCCACCCCAGAAAGUCUGAAAUAUUCCCUGAAUUUGCACAAAGUUCGACUGAGCAACCCACCAGCACCGUGAGACUACUCACAGGCUGAAACAAGUGACUCAUCCCCGGCCUGCAUCACUACUUUCACUGCUGCGUCUCACCGAGAGGCUAAAUAAAGCUCUGAGUUCAAAUAUUUAUGUAUCAUAUGAUAAAGCAAAUAACCAGUGAUAUGUGAUGUUGUUGUAGGAUUCGCUUUGGAUGGUCAUACUUUUUCAAAGCACCAGAGGCUGCUGUUGAGCUUUCUUGAUCUCUCCCACUUUUUUUUUUAUGUUAUUAUACCACAAGAGGGUGCUACAAUAAAAAUAAUGUAUGUCUGGAGACACUGCAGUUCCCCAUGAAAGCAGCACCAAAUUGUCCAAGAUGUUGUUUACAUUUUCCGUGACCAGACUUAUCAGUGUUUUCCAGACCCAGUCCAGACAGCGUGGUCAGAUAGGCACCCUGCUGUCCCACUGUGGUCAAUCAGACUUCGCUUUGAUAGUGAUCCCUCAGGGGAGCUUUGAGUCCAGGAAAUUACUUGCAAUGCCUUUUCUACGGUAAAUUGUUUGGUCUCCUUGUGUGUGUCCUUAUUCUGCAGAGUAGAAAACCAUCACAGUCUGAAUGUUGAAAGUGUGAUUUUCUGUGUCAGAAGGAUAAGGCUUAUGGUUGUAUGACAUACUAAAUAGAGCAAUGCUUUUGUCUUUUUUGUCUUGUCUAGUGUUCUUUUCUCAUUAUCCUUUUUGGUAUCCUGCAGAGAAUUUAGCUGCUGUGUCAUAAAUUCUGCAAUACAGCAUGAAUCGUUAGAAUUUCACUGCAGGGAAUUGCAUCAUAGUCGGUGUUACUUUUGUUAUUACGGUAUGUUUCUUCAUCAGGUGGAAGAACAAAAAGCAUUGCAUCAUAUUAAGGGUUUGGAGACACACCUUGGGAAGUAAAGAGCUAAAAGGGAGAUUACCACUAAUUUUACAUUAUGAAUUUACGAGGGAUAUUGUCUGUGUGAACAACUACAGGCUGCCUGUUAGUUUGGCCUCAUUCUCUGUCUUCAUGCCCUUUAGUAGGAAGGACUCCUUGUCUGUGCUGUGUCAAUACCGCUAAGAAGAGCCUCAUCAAUAAUGUACGAGUGACUGGGGAAAGGUGCUCGGGUUAUGCAUUAUACAUCACAAAAACAGACAAAUUUAGAGCGAUCUGGCAGCCUGCCAUCUCCUCAGUGUGCUGAUAAAUUAUUUGUGGUGUGAAUCGUAUCUGAAUUCUGUGAUUAGGUAUCUAGGAGAUAGCUGUUGGUUUAAUCACCAUAAAACAGGACACUGAAGGGAGGCAGUUUGUAGGUAUCAGCGUAUUCGGGAUCCUUGGAGAUGGUGUGAAGAGGUUCAGUUACAUGAAAAGGGAAGUCCACUAUUUGAUCUCAUUUAUACUCGGUAAUAGAGAGGAAAAUAGAUGAAAGGAAUCAUUUCAUCACCUAGCAACCUACACGAUCACUCCGCCACUUGAACGUGCAGUUGCACAGACAUCAAAUAGGAAAUUAUCUGUGUGGAAUAUCACAGAAUCACAUCAGAUUUUGUCCUUGUUUGCAAAAUAAAUCAAAUCUAGAUGAUUGUGUGAUUUGCACUUGAACAUUUUAGCAAAGAAAAAAUGAUUGAAUGCAAUGUGGUAAUGUCCUUGGAAAUCACUGUUGAGGUUAUUCAGAUGCAUGACAUCCUUAGUGACUGUGCAGUGGGAAGAUUUCACAUCAAAUAUUACUUGUCUUUGCCCUAUUUACUUAAAGCACCUACUUAUAGCAUCUCCACCUAUGGCUCUCUCCAUCUUGUAUUUGUCUCAUAAAUUAAUAUUAUUCAAAUUUUUCUCCUUCUUCUGCUUGUUGUUUCUUUGACCUGCCCUGCUUUUCAGUAUCAUGCAACAAACCUUUUUUAGACAGAUUUACAAGAACUUCCCUCUUCUGCACAAGCUUUGUGUUUGCAGAGCACCAAAAUAAAAACAGUUUUCUCUCAGUACUGCUCAGUUGGCAGUUUUAAAGAGAAAUAAUUGGAUGUGGGUGACUCACCACAUUCAUCUUGUUAAGUAAUAAAGCAAUACUCAUAAAGGCUUAUUUUACACCUUAUUCAAUUAGCAUUGUUGAAAAUUGUUGACUUUGAGAAGCUUUUACACUAUCAACACUUGAAUUACUGUAAUAGUCUAAUAACAGACUUUCAGCAUUUGUCCAGUAGCUUGAUGCAGAGGAUGGUUUGAGUAUGCUUAUUCAGGAUGCUUUGAUACCUCAGAAGGUCUCAGCCUGGAGCAAUGGUGUCAUGCUUCAGACAUGGAUCAAUCAAUCGGUCGGCUUACUUGAAAAAUACUGGGUUUAUGGGCUCUAGACAUUUUAAGGUAAGAUGUAUUCGGGAAGAAUCAAAAAGUACAUCAAGUGUGAGAGCACAUGAUAGUUAAUGAAACAAAUGUUCACAAUCGCUGUUUUCAGUUCAAUAUAUAUUCUAAAAAAAACUGCAUAGUUGCUGCAGUCUAAUCUGUUCAAAAAUGUUGUCAUGAACUGUUUGAGAAUCCGUCCUUCAUACUCUGCUCAGCUAUUCAAUAUUUUUCUGGAUCCCUCUUGUAAGACACAGAGGGAGAAAACCAACCCACGGCUGUCGCUCAUGUUUCUUUUAAGUCUGUGGGUCAUACAUUUGCAUUUCAGUUAGUUUUAAUUGGCUGAUUACCAUACAUGCAAAUACAGAAUUUUGUGUUGCAGUUUUAAUCGGACCAAAAAGGCUCUUAAGCUGAAAUUAUCUUUAUAAGUCCAUAUUUUAUUUUAUUUUUUUGUCAUUCAGUUUUCUGAUUGAUGUAGUGUCUUUGUGGAGGUGCCGAGAAUUGUGGCGUCAGGACUUUGCGUGGUAUAAUUGUGUUUUUAUUAUGAAUUGAAAUGAGUCUUGUAUCUUAUGUUUCUAUUUUAGUAUUAAUUUUUCUGUUCUGGUAACACUUAAUGAUGAUUUAGCUUUCUGCAGCACUGAGGAAGUUUUACCAAUCAGGUUGUUGUUUCUGUAUUCACCUAACAUCUUCAACAACACUGUCUGUCAGAGCUAUGCAUGAAGACAGCUAUAUGAAGACUUGUUAUCUGCACCGAUGUAACAAGGAAAGUUAACUAGCACCUGAAGGAUAUCUGAGGGCCUCAACAAAAGAGGACAGAGAAAGAGGGGUUACCAUAGCAACUUCAGAUGUCCCAGGAAAGCCAAGCAUCCCUGUGGGUAUUGGUGUUGUUGUGACGCUGCAUCAGUAGAUCAGAGCAGGUGUCAUUAGGGGGCCUUAAGGCAAGCUGGAGUGCUAAUUGCACUGCCAGAGUGAUAUUCCAAUAUCUUCAUGUCAGCCCCAUCCCCUCUCACAGAAAUAUGACCUCUUAGGUUUCAAAUAUUACCGCGGCUGUGGGCAAUCAAUAAGCGAUCAUGUUUCUUUUUGUCUGUGUUACAAUCCUUAAACCAGCCUCGAAGACUGAAAGUCAUGAUGGGAUACACCACAAGGACCUGCCUUUGUUUAGCAAUGCGACAGGGGCAGAGUAGUAUCGAUUCUUACCUCCUCCUGUUCCUCUCUGCAGCAUGAAUCAGAACUACAGACAUGGAUUGUUAAGUAGUACAAUCACGUCUACCUAACUUGACUCACUGCAACACAGAAGCUUUGUUUUCUUGAAUUUCAUCUCCAUCUCUCAAUGUGUAAGGAGCUAAGUGUAUGGUUAAAUGGUGGAAUCAUAAAGCACGGAUUCAGCUGACUUUUGCUGACUGCAAAAGCACCAAAACCAUUUUUGAUUUGGCAUCUGCCGUUGACAGGCUUCAAACUCAGCUGCAGAAACAAAUAAGACUCCAUCCCUGCAUUUUACUGUCUAUAGCUGCAACUUUGCAUAUUGCAUAUUUACUACCUUAUUAGAUGUUUUGGUAUUUAAUUUUGUUUCUUACAGCAGACAUAAUUUGAAGGAAAACUCUGACAUGAUUGUCUUUUUUUUACACUUUUUAAGAAUCAAGAAGUAGCUGUAGAUUGUAUAUUUCUUUUACCUCAGAAACCUCAGGGUUGUUUUUGAUCAAGCCAUGUCUUUAGAGGGUCAUUCACGACAGCUGACCAAAAGUUGUUUUUAUCACCUGAGAAAUAUCUCUAAACUUUAGAACAACAUUCUCCUCACUUUAGAGUCUAAAGUGAGGAGAAUGUUGUUGAGACCAGAUCUUGAAUUGAUUAUUCAUGCGUUUAUCAACUGUAAUUCUCUGUUCAUCUGUUUUAAGGCGGCGAUUAAGAGGCUGCAGUUUGUCCAAAACUCAGCCGCCAGACUUCUGACAGACACGCCGUAAUCUGUUCACAUCACCCCUGUCUUAUCGCGUCCUUACUGGCUACCGGUCAAUUUUUGCAUUAAUUUAAAAAUUUUAGUUUUAACUCUCCGGGCGCUGCAUGGUCAGGCCUCCCAAUAUAUCACUGAUUUGAUGUGCCCCUACUCCUCAGGGCGCACCCUUCGGUCAUCAGGCCAGAACACUAUUAUUGUGCCAAAGACCUGUUUUAAAACUUUUGGAGACUGGACUUUUUAAGACGGUAGCCCCCCGGUAAUUGCACUUUUUUAUGUACAGUGCUUUGUGAUUUUUAUCUGUGAAAAACGCUCUAUAAAUAAACUUUACUUACUUACUUACUUACUUACCUUUGAUCACCUGUGAACUCUAUUGAAAUGACAUGCACACUUUUAAAUCCCUGACCUGGUGAUACAAAAUGAUAUGCCUUUAAAAUAAUGUCAAAGUGGUAUUGUGAGGGGAUGAGGUUCCAGUAAUGUGUGACCAUGGAUAAUCAGCUUUGAAAGAAAAACUGAUAGAAAAAAAGACAUUGAACUUUCAAAAUGGAGCUAUGAAGAGGACUUUUUAAACAAAUGAGACUAUGAAACAGCACAUCAGUGUCUAGUACGCUCUAAAAUCAGCCCUGCUGUGUUUGUUUAUGUCAACAUGUUGAGCUGGGACACACACACUUCUCUGUGGUGUGUCAUGCUUCUUAACCCGCCCCUGCUGUUGUUUCUGUGAGGGUGGGUGGGGGAUCCUGUGUCUUUAUCCUCUCAGCUGACCCUGCACAGAUUGUGACCUCAGAUGCUGCUGCUACUAUUCUGACUAACUGAGUGCACCACCAGAGUCGUGAUGUGGCUGCCUCCCUGCUUAUUCAGACUGCAGGGCGCGAGAAACCCAGCAGGGGGGCCUAAACCUCUGAAACACCCCCUUUAGGUUCAUUUCACAGUCUCCUUAUCUUUUGAGGUUCGGGAAAACGCUCUUAUUAAUUAGAACUUUCUUGUUAAUUUCAGGGUCUCUGAGAAGUUUUAGAAAAGACUAGUUAGUUCAAGUAAAUAGAUGGUAAAGCUACAGCCUUACCAGAUAACUAUUUAUUAAUAAUCUAUGUACAUAUUCUACUUAGAAUUGAAGCAUCUGUUGACAAGAUCCAGAGUUUUGGAAGGCGGUUCGUUCUGGUGUCUGGUUGUUGUAUGUUUAUUUUACAUUUGAAGACUAAGUUGUAUUUACCAAUCGUGUAUCAGCAGGUUUUGGUGUAUGCAGGAAGAGCAGUUUGCAAAAGAGUAAAGAAAUCCUUCCUCCUGUGGGCAGUAAUCAUUGCCAGCUGUUGGUCCCACCAUCAAGCCUCUAAAGUUCAUAUUGACAGCAAGACAUUUCAGGGGCAUGGAAGUGAAUCAAAAGAGUUCCUCUUAAAAAGAGGUGUGUCUCUGUAUAUAUAUAUACACUCACCGGCCACUUUAUUAGGUACACCAUGCUAGUAACGGGUUGGACCCCCUUUUGCCUUCAGAACUGCCUCAAUUCUUCGUGGCAUAGAUUCAACAAGGUGCUGGAAGCAUUCCUCAGAGAGCUUGGUCCAUAUUGACAUGAUGGCAUCACACAGUUGCCGCAGAUUUGUCGGCUGCACAUCCAUGAUGCGAAUCUCCCGUUCCACCACAUCCCAAAGAUGCUCUAUUGGAUUGAGAUCUGGUGACUGUGGAGGCCAUUUGAGUACAGUGAACUCAUUGUCAUGUUCAAGAAACCAGUCUGAGAUGAUUCCAGCUUUAUGACAUGGCGCAUUAUCCUGCUGAAAGUAGCCAUCAGAAGUUGGGUACAUUGUGGUCAUAAAGGGAUGGACAUGGUCAGCAACAAUACUCAGGUAGGCUGUGGCGUUGCAACGAUGCUCAAUUGGUACCAAGGGGCCCAAAGAGUGCCAAGAAAAUAUUCCCCACACCAUGACACCACCACCACCAGCCUGAACCGUUGAUACAAGGCAGGAUGGAUCCAUGCUUUCAUGUUGUUGACGCCAAAUUCUGACCCUACCAUCCGAAUGUCGCAGCAGAAAUUGAGACUCAUCAGACCAGGCAACGUUUUUCCAAUCUUCUAUUGUCCAAUUUCGAUGAGCUUGUGCAAAUUGUAGCCUCAGUUUCCUGUUCUUAGCUGAAAGGAGUGGCACCCGGUGUGGUCUUCUGCUGCUGUAGCCCAUCUGCCUCAAAGUUCGACGUACUGUGCGUUCAGAGAUGCUCUUCUGCCUACCUUGGUUGUAACGGGUGGUUAUUUGAGUCACUGUUGCCUUUCUAUCAGCUCGAACCAGUCUGGCCAUUCUCCUCUGACCUCUGGCAUCAACAAGGCAUUUCCGCCCACAGAACUGCCGCUCACUGGAUAUUUUUUCUUUUUCGGACCAUUCUCUGUAAACCCUAGAGAUGGUUGUGCGUGAAAAUCCCAGUAGAUCAGCAGUUUCUGAAGUAUGCAGGAAGAGCAGUUUGAAAAAGAGUAAAGAAAUCCUUCCUCCUGUGGGCAGUAAUCACUGCCAGCUGUUGGUCCCACCAUCAAGCCUCUAAAUGCACUAAGUUGCCGCCAUGUGAUUGGCUGAUUAGAAAUUAAGUGUUAACGAGCAGUUGGACAGGUAUACCUAAUAAAGUGGCCGGUGAGUGUAUAUUUUUUUUUAAACAACAAUGACUUGAUCAAUAACUGAAAUAUAUUCCACUGAAUUAUUACCGAAACAGUGUCUCUGUGUUAUUUUCCUGGAAAGAAAGUUUAUGGGGUGAAUUAAAAGGCGUUCCUCGUCUUUCAGCGUAUUUAUCGACAGCAAAUGGGAUGACAUGCCUGUUGAUGCUAUCAUUUCUGUCAUUUGUUGUUUAAAGCCGUUCUUUUCACCCCAUCAGACAGGGUGAGGAGGGUGUGGAUCAGCACAGGGAUAGAGAAAAGGAGGGGCCAGAACUGCAUCCCUGAAAGCCCUCUCCUCAUAGGCAGCAGCAGCCUGAUUUUUAUCUGUCGCUAGGCAACAGCUCUGAGGGAGCUGGCAUUUCUAUCAUGUUUGCUCGGGCUUAUUUGUGUGCGUCUGUCUGACUGUCUGUCUGUGAGAAUAUCGCGCGCGUGCGUGUUUGUGGCAGGGCAAAGUCCAAACAUGACUUCUAGUUUAAGAGCUAAAGUAAAAAUCAGAUAUAGCCUGCGGUGCUCUGGGCUCUGGUGUAUUUCGAGAGCAUUUUCUGCUGGUCACUGGGCUCAGGUUGCACAGUGUCAGACAUGUCCUUCCUCUGACCCACUCGUUACACAUGGGUGAACUCCCUCAGCCAGCCGCACACGGAUUCAGAGUUGCAGUGAUUGUGAUAAAUGGAUGUUAUUGAAAGUUUCUUUGCUAAAACAUCAUCCUGAGCAGCAGUGCUAUUCAGCACUUUUGAUGUUCAGGCCGGGGUCUCUAUUGUGUUAUUAUUACAUAAUUUUCCUCUUGUUCAAGCAUUAUUAUCCCUAUGUGCUUCUCAAACAGAUUACAUUCAUAUUAUUCACUAAAGAACAUAAUGUCUCAUCCAAUAUCUUUUAUCUCUAGUUUCCUCUCGUGGUGCUGUUUUUGCCAAUUGGCUUCCUCCUCCCUGAUCUGGUAGGCCAGUGAUCCCCCUCAGGACCAGGAACUUGAGAGUUCAUAUUAAAAAGCAACCCUCCCCCGUACGUUUCCAUCUUAGCUAACUCAAGAUGACCCAAAUAGAAACAUGCUAAUUACCCACUUGCAGAGAUAGCAAAAUGAAACAAAAAAUUCUGUUUGGAGGGUCUGUGCUGUCUGAUGGAGAGUUGCCUUUGUGCCAAAUACAAGCGGAAAAUCUUAGUCCCUGGCCUACUUUCAUAUCUCCACAAUAAUUAAAUCUAACGAGCACUUUGAGGCUUGGGUGAAGGGAGAUUUUUUUUUUCUUUUUGUAACAGACAUGCACAGUCUGCUGUCAUGACGUCUUAUCAACACUCUGAAAAGGUGUAGAAUUCUCUCCUUGUGUUGUAAAUGCAAUCAUAGCUGUCAAAUAUUCUUAUUCCAAAUAAUAACCAUGCUUACUGCCAGUUAUAGUAUCAACUUAGGGCGGGAUAUUAUUUCAUAUUUAUUAGAAAGAAGGGCUUGUGGUUUGACCUUUCUCUUUUUGGAGGGUUUUGUAGACUGAUUUUUACCGUUAACAGACACAAGUCUCCGCCUUAAAUGGGGAUAGUGUGAAUUUACAGUUGGAUCUUUGAGCCUGUAAAGAUCCCUGUGUAUUUUAGUUCAUCACACUCAAACAGAAAAAAAAUAGAUAUGCUAAUUUCUGGGAGAAGAAGUGUCUCAGCAGGUGUGGGCAGGCCCAAAUCACUUGAUGAAUCACAGUUGGCAGCAGACUAAUGAAAGAUUCCUUGUUAAACAAAAGCCAGCUGACAAGAGUCCCAUUGUUUGCUUGGCAGGAGCCAUUAGUUGACUCAACUCAGAUGAGACUCUAAUUAUUGCAGGGUGCUUAUUACCUUUGUAAAAGUGAAAAGAAGCACAAAUCAAAGAAAUUACUUUUCUAUUUCUUUUCUUUGAUUCAUUUCAGUAAUGUCAAAAUUGCACAUUUAUAUCUCAUUUUGUUUACUGAUGAUGAACAAUCCUGUGCCCGUGAGUCAGAGUCAGAGCUGCUACAGCACAGAGGAUUCAGCCAUAAUGAAUUCACUUUAUCUACGCAUAAUAUGGCGUCAAAGUAGGACGCUGCUGCCAGCAGGUCAUUCAAUGUCCUAGUACAUCAGGGGCCUGUGAUAGCAGGUUAGGGCUUUCCACAGUAGGCAACCAUGGCAAGAGACGACAUAUCCUGAAUGCACUGUAAAAGGAUUUUCAUGGCCAUGCGUUUUCUUCUUGGCUUUAAAGUCACAGCUGACAGGAUUUACAGGAUCCAAGACCCUGAAGAAAACCUGACUCACUUUACACUUGACACAAGAACUGGUGUCAGAUCAGCUGAUCACCAGUGGAAAUGUAAAAAAUGUUCAAGAUGUUCUGAGAUCAAGUGAUUUGUACUUCAACUAGCCAAGCCUGGGGUCUGUGUUAAAAGUUAAGUCAUAUAGUAAGAAUACAUAGUCGCUCCCUUUAAUAUACAAAUGUAUUUGCUGCAUUAAUUUUAAAAAUGGUGUCCACUCAAUUAUUUUAAAAGGAGUAUUUGUGAAUGACAACAAUGUCUGUAUCCAAAAGUCUUAGAUUUAUUGGUCACCAUGUAGCCCUUCACUUCCACUUUUUUAUGCUUGCACUUAUUCAGCAAGCUCAAAACAACCUGCACUCCAACAAUAUUAUUGAUUCAUCUUUUUUUUGGCAUGGUGCUUUUACCAGUCUUCAUUAUGUCAGUAAGUAUUUACACAAAAAGCUUUUCUUUAUACUGUCAAAUAUUAGGCUCCAGAUUUAGCUUUUGUAAAACAUCCACUAAAUCUCUUUAAAAGCCCUCCCUGUUGACCUCAACAAUGAUAGCAGCUCAUCACUGAUGUUUAAACUGCCUUUUUCUGUUGCUGAAGAGCUUUUCAGAUAAAUGUCGUCUCUGUUGGGCUUCAGUCAAACUUGUUUGGAGGAUUUGUUUCACAUUCUGCGUUUGGUUCUGUGUUUCCAGGUGCAGAGGACGUGGUGAUGGCGUUCUCACGGUCAGAGACAGAGGACCGGCGCCAGUGACCCUGGGCCCUCUACCUCUCCCCUUCCGCCCCCCCCUACAUUCUCCCCUGCAUCCCGUCCUGACCCGCACGUAAUCCACAAACAACCCAAACUCCAUAAACACAACACUGAUGAGCUCAGGAGGAGGGUGGGGGUGGGGGUGGGGGGUCACCUAGAGAGGAUGAAGAGGAGGGGAAGAGACUCCUGGAGGUGGAGCUGCCUCCCUCUCCCCCAGUCUCCUCUAUCUCUGACUCCUCCUCACACAGGCUGGCACACCAUAACCUGAGAUGCACUCAAAAGCUUCACUGUGGGUUUAAAGCCUUGACAACAAGGCCAUCAGUGAAAACAACCACAAAUUAUGUGGAUGAGUAUCAAAUGUAGAUUUUUUUUUUCUUCUCGGGUGGGAGGGUUUUGAUUUGUAUUAUUUUGUCUUUAGGCAGUGUUAAGUGUUCUAUCUGCUGUGGUCACCUGAGAAAAUGACCAGUCAGCAACCAAUUGAAGCAAAGAGAAACAUAGAUUUGGUCAAGCAGCAAGAGUGAAGAAAGAUCACAUAACGGGAGAGAUUUUAAUUAUUUUUGUGCAUCCUAAUGGGGCUGAAAUGGUUUUUGAUUUAGCUGUUGUGUUUUAAAGGCUUUGGUAUUCUGUCACAGGAGGGGCCUCACUUAUAAUCAUUUUGUGUACAACAUGAGAGCAUUAAGGGUGUGUACCCAAUUUUCACACCUCAGUUUCUUAACAGGUAAAGAAGUUCAAUACGUUAAAGCAUUCAUCAUUUUGCUUUUGGAUUAUGCCAUAGUCUCGUCUCUUCAUGGUCAAAUCAGAUCUGUGAACCAAAAAUACGCCACAAGUAUUAUUCUUACUCAAGACCUGCAGCAUUUCUCCUUGUUAGUCGUACUUGUAAGUGUGACCUAGGAGUAAACAUCACAGGAUCACAUGGCCAGUGGCAUGACUGGUGUGAUGUGGAACUGUGAGUGCUGACACAGUUUCUACACUUUUAUAAAUGAGGCCCCGCUCGUUCUUCUGCUGCUUUAUUUUGAACCAUAGGCUGUUGAGAGUGCAACAGAGCUUUCCUUUUGGAGAGUGUCAAGAAUUCAAGACACUAGCAGAUUUAAUAAUCACAUGAAACACAGGUGUGCACAUUCUCCCCAAAAAUACUGCUUUGGGUUAUUGUGUAAAACUUUUUCUUUUUGUACAGAUAGUUGGGAAAAUACAAUAAUGAAUCGAUUGUGCCAAUUGUAUUUUUUGUUGUUUUUUUAUCUGUAAGAUAAAAUUAACAUUAUGAUUGAGGAAGAUGAAAAGAUAAAGGCUGUAGUUGUAAUUUAUUGUUUACUUAAUCAACUCCCUGUUCCCUGAAUGCAUCAUUACAAAUGGAGAUACUGAAAGUCUGACCUAAGUGGCUUUUUGAAGUCAUCAGCUGAAGCUCUGCAUUCACACUAAAAUGACACAAACUCUAAUUUUGAACUACCUGUAACAUGCAAGGCAAACAUAAGAACUGUGUGCUAAUCUUAACUGUACUGUAUCUCUUGCACUAUUAUCAGUGGGAUAUUUGCAAAAAAUACAUUUUGAUAUUUAGCACAGAGAUUCUUUGUUUGGUUUGAGGAAAAAAGAAAACUUUGUAGCCGUUUUUAUUUCUUCAGUGGUAAAAAAAAAAAAAAAAAAAAACUUCUGUGAUAAUUGACUCAACUGGAAGAUCUAAAGUAAAUAUUUGUUAACAUCUGACAUGUUUUUCUAGUGACAUGCUCAAUAUUUAAUGUGUUUUAAGUACAGUUUGUUACCUUGUAUAACUUAAAAUAACUAACGUUAUGUUUUGAAGCCAAGCAUGUCUGCCUCGUGAUUUAUAAUGUUCAUUUAAGUGGAGCCGAGGAUCUUUGAAGCCUUGCCACAGUGACCAUAGUUUGUACAGUCUAGGCGUCUGUGGAAGCUACGAGCUCUUUUAAAAUGUUUGAAAAAAAAAAAAAGAUUUCUUUUUUUCUGUGGGCAAAGUGUUAUCCAUUGAAACUUGUUGGCAAUAACUUCUUUUUGAAUGUCCUCAGCAAUCAUCGCUGCCAACAGAUCUGUCACAUUGUCCAUCUAAUGACAAAGAAAUUUGUCUUUUUAUGUUUACUUUUUUAAACAUUCUUUAUUUGUCUAUGCAUUGUUCUUUUUUUUUGUUGUUUUUGUUUUUAUUUUCUCUCCAGAAAAGGCGUCUUACUGUACAUUUUAACUAUCAGGGUUGUUCUGCAGCCUUUGUUUAAGUUGUGGAUGGAUGUGUGGAUGCUUGUGUGUGUGUGUGCAUGAAUGUGAACACCAUUAAACCUGCUCCAGUUUUAAUUUUCGGCAUGCUGUUGAGUUUGGUUAGGAUCAAUGUGUCUUUUUACUGUGAUGAUCUGACUCUGCCUAAUUGUUUUUUUUUCUUUUGGAGUUUUUUUUUUUUGUGUGGCCUUUGUAUUUUAUUUUUUCUCUCGGUUGAUUUUGAUUAGUUGGUUUCGUUUUGUAUGGCUGCUGACCAUGUCUUGACUUAAUGCUUCCAAAUCCUAUACCAACUGAACCAUUAAAGAUAUUUUAAACAGUGAACAGCUGCUUUUGCUUGUUUGUUUCUUUUUUCAAACAAAGCCACAAUUAUUCAAACAUGUAGGCUCAAAAAUAAAAUCUUUUACAUGUUAUAAUGGAUGUAUGUACUAGGAUAUUACCUCUCUGCACCAUCAUACGAAAAAAAAUUUGAACUUGAAGUAAAUCAUGUUUCUCGUCUUCUAUCAUCUGCAUUAAUUGAGAACAAACGUCUAAGUCUGAAAGAUGAAAAAUGCAGUUUGCUUCUUAAGAUCAGUCAGCAUAUUUAAACAUAAUCUGAAGUCUUGCAUGUUGAUGAUGAGAUUUCUGCAAAUAGUCGACUUGCUUGUUCUGGGGCAGUCAGGAAUAUGUCCAGACUGGGCUGUGGUUUUUACUGGGGUUAACCCAACUGGGGCACUUACUUAGCACUCACAGGGGUGGCAUGAAGUAUAUGCCAGUAAAAAGCAUUUCAUUACUCUGCUAUUUUAACGUACUUUAACCACUAAUGGUUCUGGUACUACACAGAUCUCAUGCUCCUGUGUAUUUUUAUUUACUUUGAAGUAAUAACAAAACUACAAUAUAAAUGGAUCAUGUGAUAUUCACUUCUUUUUUUUUCCUUGUUGUACAGCUGUUAUAUAAUUUACAUGUUCCUGUCAGGCUGAUUUUGAAAUCUGCCUGUCUGGUCAUCAGCUUUGGGAAAACAGCCUUUGUGUUAUUUCUUUGCUAAUGAUCGGCAUCUGUUCAUCGCUCCAUGUCGUCUCUCACAGAUGCAGAACAAUCCUGCAGAAACUGAGAGUGGAUGAGCUCUGGGAAUAACAUGGCAGCUGCUGGCUAAUUUUUCACUGUGGCUGCAACCACUUAGUCAUCUACUGACAUUAACAGUUCUGUUUACCUCAGUUUGAUCACUUUUUUAAGUGGCUGCUGAGUGUUGAAACUCACCCGCUGGUAUUUGUCAAGGCAUGAGGAUUAUAUAAUGAGGUGACAUUAAUUUCGUGUUUUUUUUCACAGAUCCAUGUUUUUAUUUUUAGACAAUCUGUCUGCUGUUGCCUGAAAUAUAAACAAAGGGCAGACUGAGAGUGCAUUACAUCUUGCUUUCCAAACAUAAGCUCCUCUCCUCUCCUCUCCCCCCUCUCUUCCACUGUACACGUGAGCCUGACAUUGUGUUUAUCUCAUGUUAGACAGAUGAGAGCCACAGCAGCCCGUCUGUGCAGCAGCCAGCUGAUAGCUGCCACCAGCACUGCCAUGUCACGUUAUGCAACUGUGUGUGUGUGAGAGUGUAUGACCUUUUUCCCUCCUGUGCUGUCAAGUGCAUCCAGAGUUAGCUGUUCUCUAAGGUUUUUAGAAGCUGUACUUCCUACAUCAAAAAAAUAGAUUGGUGUUGCAUCAGGAUUUAUGAAUUUAUUGAUUUUGAGAUUUUAUCAUGUCAAAUACUUCAGACAGUGGGUCAGAGGAUAGAGGAGGGUGGCAGCUCGGCACAAAGGCCAUAUUUAGGGAUACAUAUUGUGGUAGUAUGUCUCAAGCCCCUUCCAGCAAAUGCACCUUAUGUGUAGUUGUUGAUAGACUGACACUUCCUGACACAAAUACAUCCUAAGAAAAUAUCCAGAAAGUGACUGAACAUCUUCAUCUUCACUGUUGCUAAGCCAUUGAUAAGGAUUCAAAAAUCUCUCUGACAAACUAACCCUAAUAUUCAUCAUCAGAGCAGCACAAAAAUACAAAAACGCAGUGAAAAAUAUUCACUUAUACUUGAAGCUGCAACGAUAGAAACUACUGCAUAUAAGACAAAUUAAGCGGCCCUUCUAAGGCUGGACCCCAUACAUUGCGAAAACAGCUUCAGUGCUCUUUUAGACUCUCUAAGCUUCUUUAACAUGACCAAAGAGUUGAACACCAGUCGUUCAAAGAUAUUAAUUCUUCCCAGAGAAAGAAAAUAUGAGCCAAGAGGACUACAUUUUAUCCUAAUGAUCUUGUUUUUCUCAUUAACCAGACUUCUCCUGAGUUAGUGGCAAAUUUAAAUGCUUUGUAUGGAAAUAACUCUUAAUCCUCUUAAUACUCUUAAUUUGGUUUUGCCUUCUGUUUGUAAGGAUGUAUAAACAAAAUGAUUUGUCUCUGUGGGACUUUAAUGUACUGAACAUGUUGAACUGAAAGCAAGUGAUUCCUCUGUUAUGCAUAUUUAUUUACAGAAUGAUCUAUUUACUACAGCCCAUAUGAAACUUUCUCUGUAUGAGAAUUUAUAUAUACCAACUCAGUUACAGUAGCUCUUUAAGGACAGCUGUGCAGGUGUAUGGUUUUAGGUUCACCAAUAAGGAAAGAUGGCAAGAUGGAGUUAGUCCAGAGCUGCUGUGGGCUUUUGAGUCUGUCCUUCACACAAACAGUUGCAUGAAGCAACUGUGCUGCUGGGCUGAAUCAACCAUUUGAAACCCUGUGGAUUAUAUAAAGAAGUACUGUUAUGAGGGAGGAAAAUAGGGCUGUCUGCUGUGAAUUAUAAAGGUCUACAGAAAGUUUACCAAACAGAGAAAUAGAAACUUAUUUGCCAUUUUUUAUUGCAUGAUUUUGAGUAAGUACCUGAGCUUGCACCCCUAACCUUUAAAAUGUUAAAAAUGCAUACAGUUUAAUUUUGAUCAAAUCGGAAAUGGAGCCCUUUGGGAAAAUUUAAGUUCAAAACCACACAACUCCCCUGACUCCACGCCUAAAUAACUCCACCUGAUAAAUGAGUGUGGAAGGAUAUAACUUAACAGCUUUUAAUGAAUACGAUCAGCUAAACCUUUCAUCUUCAAAGCCAUAAAAAAGGAGUGUAAGGCAGAUCCAGGGGCGCGGGAGGUGACUCUACCUCCACCACAUUAUGACUCAACAUUAUUAAACAAAGCUAGGAGGGAUCCAGAGGAGAGGAGGGAGAGGCAUGCAGGAGGGGGAACACAUGCUGAGGAGUAUUGCAGCACUGCACAAAGCUCUGCAGAUACACUUUAGCCCACCCUAAACCUCAUGACUAAUAGAUGAGAUUUGCUCUCAGUUCCUUCAACUGGCAGCAUCCAAAGCUGUUUUCAAAAAGAGGAAACCCUCCCUUAAUGCAUCAGACACUUAGCUUUUUGUGCCCCUCUUUGAGCUGUUAUUGUACUUACAAAUACACCGUACAUUUUCUUGUGAGAUGUUUAUUUUCUUCAAUAAAAAAUAGAUGAAUACUGUCUCAGUCUUCUUAAAACUCAGCCACAGAGGUUUGAUGAUGUUUUUUUCAGACUCUGCUUUGGGAUUUGAAAUAAAGGUCUAUGAUUGUGUAAACAAAGUUACAGCCUGGCAGGUCAGUGGUCAGGUCAAAAAGGAGAAUGACAUUCACACUGUAUUUUUAGAGAGUUUGGUUUGCCUGUGGCACCCAGCAACUGUAACAACAGGAAGAUUCAUUCUUAAAAACAUCCGACCUGCCCACAGCUUUUCUCUAACCUGCCACUCCCUUUUUAGUCGCCUGUGCUUUAUUUCAAAAUGUUGUUUAAAAGCUUCUUUUCAGGACUUCAAGCCAAUAAAGGAGUCUUGGAAUUAAACACCCACAUUUUGGUCCACACUGUGAAGAAAAAAAAACCCAACUGUUUGGAGAAACUCUGUCAUUGCUUCUCUAGAUUCUUGCAGAACUUCCUCUGUUCCAUAUCCGUCCAUAUGUUAGUUUAGCUGCUAUGGACAACCUUUGUCACAGUUGUAUCAUUUUGUGACCCAAAAUCAACCACUGACCACUUGAGACUGUACAUGUAAUGAUAAAGAUUUACUGUUUCCACGCUGCUCCCACCUGAGUGAUACAGCAUGCUGCUCCCCUGAAGACAGACUGACUUCAGCCAUCUGCUUGGAGCUCUCUGUGAUAUUGCUUUGACAGAAGCACUAUUCUACAAUUUACUCUCAGGAACAACGGACCUGUCCGCCUCCAGGAUUCCCACUCCACAAUACUUUUACCGUGUGAGAUUUAUUUCCUGUUCUUGAUCCGGCGCGUGGGCACAAUGUAUGGAGAUGUCAUUUCAGGUUUUUAGAUAUAACAAAUUUGAAGAGGAGAAAACUGUAGGAAGAGGUGACUCCUGUUACUUGAGUUCAGAUUUAUACCUGCACGUACAGAAAAGACAGCUCCAACUGCUUCUGAUUUGUGCAAUUUGCAAAUGUAUAAUCUCACUUAGUGUUAUAAAUGUGAGAACUCUAUAUGAAUAUACGAACAUGUUUCCGCUCCUGCCUCAAAAUAUCACAUCAGGUCUGUCACUGGCUGUCACAACAAACAGAUUGUGGCAUUGCCAUCAGGCCUAAAGUAUGCAUCACGUGGACUUAAAUAAGCCUGAGUGACUGCUGUUGCUGCAGGAGGAGAAUAUACUUAGACUGUGUUUAGAGAAGAUCUGGCUCCUACAAUAACACAAGUGCUGCAGCCAACUGCACUGUGUUUGAGACAACACUGCUUUUAGGGAUUCACAAUGGUGAUUGUUUUAUUUUCAAAGGUGACAUUUAGGUGAAGUUUUCUCCUUUUAAGUGCUGAAAGAUUUUAUCAGACAGAUGAUAAACUUCUCCUGUAGAGACACCCAUCCUCAUUUUUAUUAAUCAUAUGCAAGGCAUUCAAAAGGAAGAAGCUUAAAGUAAUACAAUUCCUGCCUGAAGUGUUUAGGAAGGGGAAAAAAAGAUGCACAACCAGCAGGAGCUCUGGCAUUGAUUAAUGAAACAGACUCUAAGCCCUUAAGUUCAAAGCUGUAUUUAUAGCUCCAUUUCUUUCUUGCAGAUAGAGACUGUAAACUGAAAACAUAAACCCUCAAGGGACAGACAAAGCUCGGUGUAUUUUUAUGACUCAUAUCCAAAAUGAAACUGUGGUUAUUACAGAGAUGAGCUGCUGAUUCAAGUGCCGAUCACAGGAUGGACCUCUGAAUCAGACUAGCAGGAUAAAGCAUAUUGUUCUCUGCAGAGGACUGGGCUAUUUGUGGACUUUGACCCCUGAUAAGUAAUUGGAGCAGUGAAGCCAUUGCUGCAUCCCCACUGAAUGCUGGGAAUGCGUAGAAUGACUCAGCACACCCAGUAGGAUGCUGGCAGAGGGGACAUCCAUCACGCCGCUAGAGGCCUGACUCGGCUCUGACAUUGUCUCUGCUGGCUCCUUCUGCAGGCACAGCACCCACUGCUGAGAAAGUACCACUAACCCUGUUCAGCCGAGGGGUCAGACCUUUCUGAUAUGAGCUUGGGUGUUACAGCCACAGCCACCCCCCUGCUCUGGGUGUUUACUGUAUGUGUUGCCCUGUUUGCGUUGUUUGGUAAUGUCUGUGUUCGCUCAAUUUCUUGUCAGGAAAUCUGUGUUGGCAUUCAGAGUGGAGGCCAUAUAACUGUAUAUCUUUUUUGUGGUAUUGUAAGGGAUAGGAAGCUGUUCACUCCUUGAUACAUUUUAACGGCUAUUUUGAGCUAAUUUCAGAAAGUGACAUUUUUCACACUCUAGUUUAGAGUCGCCUUUUGUUGUUUAUUUGUUUCUUUGAGCAGCAUUUCACAUCCCUCUGUUCCUCGCCUCAACUUUUUGUAAAACAACACUUCAUUAUUUCCUUUCACAAUAAAUAAUUUUUACAUCACGAAACUAGGAUUUUAUGUUUCAUCCUUUCCCCUCAAGAGCUGGGUUGUGACAUUAGGGAAAGUAAUAAGUGGAAAUGAGAAAAAUGUAAACUAUGAUUGUUUUUGAAACAGGGCUGUCUCAGUGGAAUUUAAUUUGCAGCCUCACAGUAAGGGUCAGGUUAACCUGCAGCAGGAUGCUGCAGCAGGACGCUGGACCAAAAAUGAGCUUCAGGACAAGUUUAUUACCUUGGACUUCUGGAACACUCCACCCCUCUGGACCCUUGACACAUGUUUGUUUAAGUUUAAUUUCCCCAAGAUGAACCACCAAUUAUGAGAGACAUUUCCAGUGACAAUAACAUGGAGGACUUCUGCUAUUGCUGCUGCUCUAUGUACCUGUACGCAGAUACCCUGAGCUAGUAAUGGUUUUGGUCUCUAUAGCUUGUUUCCUUAUUCACAACAGCUUUACUAUGGGUGGUAUUUAUGUUUUAACCUUUACUCAUCCCUUGAUUUUAUUGUAAGGCUAAGAGGUAUGUCUGAUUAGGGUCAUGACUGAUUUUGUCGACAUGUGAAUGCAGCUCUUUGUUAGGCUAUCGCCUCAUUUCUACAUCUAUACUGGUUUAAGUGGUGCUGAGUCUUUCAACAGACUAUUUCCAUGUUUUAAACUGUCAUUGCCAAACACAUACGUGUCAGAAAAAUAACAAGAACUCAUCAUCAUCAUCAUCAUCAUCAUCAUCAUCAUCAUCAUCAUCAUCAUCACCAUCAUCAUCAUCAUCAUCAUCAUCAUCAUCAUCAUCAUCAUCAUCAUCAUUUGUUUUUUUGUUUUAUUAGAGUACUAAUUUUUCAUACUUGGUCCUUUCCAGGGUAAGGCUGGUUAGACUCCAUGUGCAGGAAAGAGAAAGGUCCACUUUGAUUCUGUUCAGUUACACAUUUAACAUUACAGUCAACAGAUAUUGUGCCAACUUGAUAUCACAAAUUUAAAAACACAGUUAAAUUUCCCUUUGUGUAGCAUUUAAGCAGUUUGUAAUUGAGGUCUCUUACUCAUAACAUCAUUAUUUUUGGCUUGUGUUCCUCCUGAGGUCAGGGUCAUCUGCACUGCAUGAACCUACAGGCUGCUGUCUAAAGAUUUCAAAGGAGACCUGUUAAGCUGAUUCGUAUUUUAAUAUGAUUAUUCACUGUUUUGAAUGAAGGCUCUGGACCACAAAUCAUCACAUUAUAACAGCAGCUAAUGUAACAAUAGCUAAUGACCAAAAAUUGGGAGCUAAUGGCUGGCCUCAGGUGGUCUCUGUAAAGGUCAUUUCAUGACUACAGAACAGUAGGACCAGUAAACUAGUGUCCUGGACUGAUAUAAUGAAAGGUGAAAAUGAGCAAAGUCGGUCUAGGGAUCUGCACAUCAGCCUUUAGACAGUAUGCACAACCUUCACAUGUGACCCUGAAAAUGCAUAUGUCAAUUCUGAUCCCAGAGCCUUAUUGACAUGAAUGAAUGAGAAACUAAACUGACAAAACAUUUCAUUACAUCAAUAGUUUGGAGCUGAUGCGUGAUAAUGAACUAACUGGAAGCUGUGCAACAGAAUAAUUGAUGAGUGACACAGCAGAGGGUCCAGCUAGCAGCAGAGCCUGAUAUCAUUGGAUGAUAUCAUAUCGGGUUUCAACAAAUAAUCACCCAGGGAUACAAAGAGGACCACAUGACCAAUCACAAACACACACACACGCGCACACACGCACGCACGCACACACACACACACACACACACACACACACACACACACACACACACACACAACACACGUGCGCGCGCACACACACACAAGCAAUCCUUUACUGACACAAUGAAUAAACUGUAUAUUUUUAUACGACAGGAUCAGCUCCCAGAACAAACCCUUCAGUCAUCCUCUCACUCACAAAGAAGGUGCUUCAGAGGUGUCACUGCACGUUCUUUCAUCUGUCUUUAGGUGCUGUUGCCACGGCAACAAAGAUAAAAUCUUCGGAGCAUAUCAUAACUUGACUGCUGCUGCUGCACUCCCUGCACUGAGGUCAGGCCCCGACCUCUGUGGAGCCCCUGAGAACAGUUUGUCAGUGACUGCUGGUGAAACAAGAUUCAGCUCUUUACAUGCAACCUGCAGCUUUUCUGCCAACUUUUACAUCCAGCGGCUCUCAGCACCCUCUGUGACACCCAUAUCCUCAAGGCCUAAACUUAAAAUUAGAGAGCAGCUGUCACUGGAUUAUCUUAUCCUGAGACAGAUUCUUAAAAUACCGGGGACAGAAUUAUCCCGAGGGUAA